AUGCCCACGGGACAUGUUGCAGAGGACAUGUGCAUCACUGGAUCUGCGAGGGAAGGGCAAGAAGAGGGGAGCAGGACUCCCAGAUGUCUUGUGGAAUGGGGUACUCCUCAGCAGGGUGCAACAGGUUGCAGGGGCAUUAACAUGUUUCCUCUACAAAAGUCAUAUGCUUGUACCACUGUGGGUACUGGACACACAGUGGUGAACAAAAUGGUCAAAAUUCCUACCCUGGUUGAAGCCAUCUUCUACCUCUCCAUGGACCUCAUCAGACCAGUGGUAGUACCUGAUGGAGUAACUGUCCAACAGCCAGAACUGAUAGACUUACUGGGAGAUGAUGUAGAGCUGGUGGAUGAGAAUGGCAUGUCCCAUAUCCACAAAGCUCAUGAGACCAUGUGUAUGGUACUCACUAGCUGCCAGAAGAAACUAGACACUGUGGUCAUAUGGGCCACAGGAGAUAUCAAGACAUCAGUACACUCUGCAGUGGCCAUCAGUGACCUGUCAGUGGUAGUGGACCUCCUAAACAUCCUCAACCAGAAAGCCUCCCUUUGGAAGCUGGACUGGGGCAACACGGUGCUGCAGCAAAUUGAGAAGCUUCUGCAGAGCAAGUAUGAACGCCAUGUCCAGACAGGCUGCAUCUCCCUCCAGCUGAUCUUGCAGAGGUUUCUGCCCCUGAUCACUGACAUUCUGGAAGCUCCACUCUCCAUGGGUGUAGACAAGAGUCAUAAGGAGAGACUACACAAGUGCAGGCUCUCCUACAAUCAGCUCACGAGCUUCAGCGACCCGAUUAGAUGCAAAUAG